AUGAAUGUGCAUGUAGAGGCGUCAAGCACUGAGGAUGAUCUAAAGUUGCAAAAAGUGGAUAAUAGUGUUUUUUUCGGACCUUGUGGGGUAUUAACUCAGCCUAUUCUUUUACAGUACGAAAAUAUUAAGUUCAUCAUUGGUGUUAACCUAACUACUGAAAAGGGUGCAUCAUUUUACACCCAGUAUUUUCGGCAUUCAAAUUCAUUAAUGGUAAAUCUUGACAUAUCAACAGCAGCAACGGAAAAUUCUCAAGUGGAGUUGUAUGUACGAAAUAAUACAAUUCUAUUACAGAAAAUUGUUGGUCAGUACUUACAGAUGGGUAAAAUGAGGGCAUCCUUAUCGCAACCACAAAUUGACACAAUCCAAUCGCUACCACAGUUUUGCAAUUCGAAUGUCCUCACUGGCGGACUGUUGGUGCAAUAUCAAGCGUUCAAUGAUUUGCUGACCCUAUUUAAACUCUUCGGUCAUUUUGGCAACAUCUUGGUUGUAUCAUCUCACUCGCAUGAUUCCACACUCAUCAAAUUUCUUAUAUCCACAGUAAUUACUUACCAUCCAUUCGUGACCAUUUUAGAAGCUUUACAAUAUAUGAAAGCGAUUCUAGACUUGCCCAUUAAUGCAUCCGAUGAAUUUGAUAUUAUCAAUGAUAGAGAAUUGCAGGAGUUUAGUGACGCCCAGAAACUUCUAAGACACAGACAGACGUGCUCAUCUAAAAGAAGAUGUCGUAAUUUACCCGAAAACACCCCUAUUGACAACAAAAUUCUUAUGAGUCCCGUGAAACGAAAUCGUUUUUAA